AGUUGGCCUUGCUGACAAUUACCAUCGGAAGAAAAGGCGGCCAAAGCCGAUGGGGCCAUAGCCACAGCACAUUUCACAUACAGCACACCAUUCACUUUCUCUCUCAUCUCCUUUCUUCUUUAUCUCACCUCCAUUUCUCUCUCUCAUCUGUGUUUUUUUUCCCUUCAUUUGCAAAUUUCCCAUCUCCGGAAUCUGGUCUGGCAGUGUUCAAUUUCGGUUUCUUUCUUCGAUUCCUCGAUCAGAUGUCCGCUAGAAAUUCAAGACGUGAUGCGACAGAAAGGGGUUUGCCCCCUGAAGAACAGCAAGCCAAGAUAAAUGAAGUAAAAAAGUUAAUGGGUCCAGAAACUUCAUUUGGUGGGAAAAUCCCAGGUGUGUUUAACUAUGAAGAUUAUUCACAAAGAAGGAUGGAAGCGUGCGGAAACAAGGAGAGAUAUAUGAGAUUGGCCGUGAAAAUGGUUUUUCGUCUUAAUAAAUUUGCAGUCGUAUCUAUGAGAACUUGCUACAGAUCAGUUCGUAAUUAUCCAUUUCUCUCUGGUCUACUGUGUUUGUUGAUUCUCCUGUAUAGAUCAAGUCCUUUUUUGUUUUCCCUUUUGGUGUCCGCAUCCCCUGUUUUGAUUUGCACGGCUGUUCUGCUUGGAACCCUUCUGAGUUUUGGGCAACCUAAUAUACCUGAAUUUGAAACAGAGGAGAAGGUUUCACGUGAUGUAGCUUCCUUGAGAUAUGGGAUUUUGGACAAUGCUACUGUUGUUGCUAAGGAGGAUGAUGGUUUUACUGUUGAGAGCUUUGAAGGAAAUGAAGUAGGAAAUUCUUAUGUGGAAAGGUAUUCUGAAGAAGAGAGGAAGACAAGCAAGCUUGACGAACAUGCUGGUUUUGUUGGCUUUGCUCCUGUGAUUGAUGAGCAAAAUCAUGAAAUUGAGUUUGAGAAGGGCAGUGUUGAGGUGUUUGAGAGGGGUGGAGUUGAGGAGUUUGAAAAGGGUGAAGGUGAGAAGACAAUAACAGAGAGAGAAUUCCAUAGUUCAGAGUUGGAGGAGAGGGGAGAAAUUUAUGAAAGGGAUUUGGAUGUCAAAAGUUCGGCAACAGAUGGUGAAAAUGUUAUAGAGAACCAACUUUUGGCUGCCCAAAGCAUGAGAAAUGAGGUUUUUGAAGUAGAAGAUCCUAACAUCUCCAUAGAACUUGUCCAUAAAGGAGAUAAUCUGAACUCAUCUCUCAGUGAUAAAGAUGAUCAUGAUGAAAACGAUUAUGAUUCUUUGGGUUCUGAUUCUGAUAGAGCAGAAAGCUCCUCACCUGAUGCCUCAAUGGCUGAUAUCAUGCCUUUGCUGGAUGAGUUGCACCCUCUCUUGAACUCAGAAGCUCCACAACCUGCUCAUAUGUCAAAUGAAGAGUCAGAUGCUUCUUCAGAACAGUCUUGUAAAAGUAAUGGUGAAUGUGUGAUGUCAGAUGAUGAGGCUAAAGUCCAGGGAGAAGAACGCGGUGUUGCUGAGGAUGAGGACGAUGAGGAUGAUGAGGAUGAUGAGGGGAUGCAAGAAGAGAAAGAGGAUGAGAGCAAGUCAGCUAUCAAGUGGACCGAGGAUGAUCAAAAGAAUCUCAUGGAUUUGGGAAGCUUAGAGCUAGAAAGGAAUCAGCGUUUGGAAAGUCUCAUUGCAAGGAGAAGAGCAAGGAACAACAUGAGAAUGUUGGCUGGGAAGAAUUUGAUAGACUUGGAUGGUUUUGAUCUUCCUAGUAAUGUACCGCCCAUAUCUACAACCCGACAAUACCCAUUUGAUCCCUCUUAUGAUUCAUACGACAAUAUGGGAUUGCCACCAAUUCCCGGGUCUGCUCCAUCUAUUUUGUUGCCUAGACGUAAUCCAUUUGAUCUUCCAUAUGACCCAAAUGAAGAAAAACCGGAUCUCAAAAGUGAUGAUUUUGAACAAGAAUUUUUUCCACCUCAACAGAAAGAUAUAUUCCGGAGACAUGAAAGUUUCAGUGUGGGCCCCUCGAACUUUGCUAUUUCCAAGCUAGAGCAACAAAAUAUUAGAUGGAAACCAUAUUUCAUGCCUGAAAAAAUAGCUGCCGAAGGAACAAGCUACUCUCCAUUAGAGAGACAAUUUAGUGAAGUCGAUGAAUCAAAACUGAGUUGUGUUUCUGAUACUGAAUCAAUGACUUCCAUUCCAGAUCAGGAUGACAAGAAGCCUGAUGAAUCACAAUCUUUUCUGGAAACAGCAACAGGUUCCUACUUUGACUCCUCAGCCAGUGGUAUCGAGCAUGAAAAUGAACCAUGGGAGUUUAUUGGCUCUGAAGAUUGCGUACAAGAAAACAGAGAUGUGCAUCAUGAAGUGAUUGAGAUAACUUUGGGAUCUACUGAGAGUCACUUAGAAAGCCAAUCUAGACCAACUGAAAUCGGAGCUGCAGAUACCCCAGUGGAGAUUAAUGCCAGUGAAAUUCACUCCAAAAAUGUAUUAGUUGAAACAAAUUUCAGCAGCAAUUCCAGCUUGUGUUCAUUAUCAGAAGAAGUGAAUGAAACACCAUUUGAGUUCAAAACAGAUGAGGGGAAACUGAGUAGCCUGCAAGCAGAGGAAUCUGGUAUUGAUACUACUAGCAUAACAAUGUUGACUGCCGUUGAAGAAGACGCCAACUUCAAGAAUGCCAGUGAAGUGUUGGCUGACAAUCAGCAUAAGGAGCCCGUUUAUGACUCUAGCCCUAAAGCAAAAGGUAAGGAAUCCGAAUUACAUUCUGAAAUAGAACAGGAUGUUACUUCCAGCUUGAAAGAUAUGCAUGAUGACUCCUCAGAGUUACAUAAAGUUGAUAAAAAUGAACAAGAAUCGAGGGAAGUUUCAGAAUUUAUUGUUCAUGAGGUUGCAAAGGUUGAGUCUCCCAAGCAUGACACCAAUUAUGAUGCUCAAAACUUAGCCGUGGCCCCUGAACUUUUAGUUGAGCAUGUUACAAUAGAUUCUGGUCUGUCCUUCUCAGACAUUGCAUCAGUAGAGAGAGUAAUAGUCGGUGAUGUUAUGGAAGAAAAAGAUCAGUUGACAAGUCAUGAGGAGGGUAGUAUUGAUGGAAUUCACAAAGUUGAAGAUGAAAAUCUAGAUUCUUCACCUUCAAGUGAUCAGAUCUCUUCUCGUUGUCUGACUUUCACUGAACCAGAGAACCAACUCUCUUCAGCCGAAAUCCAUGUUUCAUCAGAUAUUGGGUCACCUUCAAAUCCAAAACAUGUGGAAAUGCAUGAAACAUUAAAUAACGAAGAAAGUCCUGAAGUUGAACAAACAAAAAUCUGUAGAUCAAGUUCAUCCGAUAGCAGUUCUGUGGAAGAAGUAAUUUUGCAAACUGAUGUAAUUUGUCAUACUGAACAACCUACUACUUCUAUAUCACAUCGUGGUUCAGAAAUCCCAGCUCAAGAUGUAAUUGACCUGUUUGAGACGACAGAUUCUGUGGCUACUUCUUAUGACAAUUUGACUACUACCAAUGCAACUAUUACUGGAUCACCGGAACAAAAAACCACUCCAGUGGUGGAUGAGCAAGUCAGUUUGAUUUCUUUGCCUUCGACAUUUCCUUCUGAAUUGGACCAAGUUGAGGAGCGGUCAAUGAAUGUGAAAGAAUUUGUUAGGUCUGAACAAGAUAUCGUUGAGUCCUCAAGUGUCGAACCACACACAGAGAGUGAAGCCCUGCAGGAUCUGGAUAUUAAAAUUGAUUCUUCAGAUUCUAGUACUCCUAAUGUGGCUCUUGAAGAUAUUUCGCCUGUCACUGAAUUAGAGCAGUCCUGGUCGGACAAGCCAAUGGUUGAUGAUCUUAGUAACAGUGAGGAUACUGAGGAACCAGGUGUUUUAUUGACAGAUUCUGCUGCUGAAGUAAUCUCUGAAAAUAUAACACCAGAAGUUCAUGAAGACAUUUCAACAGCUUUAUCUUCUGUAGACUCUGAUUCAUCCUCAUCUUCAUCAGAUCAUGACUUCAGAUCACUCAAUACUGGAAGAGAUCCAAAAGAUGAUAUUGUUGAUGAAGUCGUAUUUGAGGAUCGUGAGGAGUUUUCAAGGCAUUUGGACUAUCUAGCAGAAACAUUUGGACCUCGUUUUUCAGAAAAGAUGACUAGGGAAGAGGUAUAUGAAAUAACAGAUAUUGAUGAAGGAUUGUUAUUAGAAUUGGACGAAGUUGGGGAUUUUAGCGUCAAAGAAGUUGGGGAACCAGUCCUCGAAGAAAAGGUACUCCCAGAGGAAGCUCAAGCAGAGAGAUUUGAAUUGGGUUCUAAUUCCAAUCCGACAGAAGCUAAAUCAGAUAUACCAAUUCUUGAAGCAAGAUCACUUGAUGAUAUCAACUUAGCUUUUAGGCAACUUCACGAAGGAGUCGAUGUUGAGGAUGUCAUUCUUCCCAGUGCGAUGGAAAGCCAGAUUAAUGAACUCAAUCCUGAAGCAAGUUCGGAUUUGGAGGUUGUGGAAGCGAGGUCUCUCGGAGAUAUUCAUGUUGCUUUGACACAAGUAUCCAAGGAUAACAUAGGUGAAUCAAGUUCUAGCUCCAACAACUUAGAAGCUAAAUCAGAUAUACCAAUGCUUGAAGCAAAAUCUCUUGAUGAUAUCAACUUAGCUUUUAGGCAACUUCACGAAGGAGUCGAUGUUGAGGAUAUCAUUCUUCCCAGUGCGAUCGAAAGCCAGAUUAAUGAACUCAAUCCUGAAGCAAGUUCGGAUUUGGAGGUUGUGGAAGCGAGAUCUCUUGGAGAUAUUCAUGUUGCUUUGACACAAGUAUCAAAGGAUAACAUAGGUGAAUCAAGUUCUAGCUCCAACAACUUAGAAGCUAAAUCAGAUAUACCAAUGCUUGAAGCAAAAUCUCUUGAUGAUAUCAACUUAGCUUUUAGACAACUUCACGAAGGAGUCGAUCUUGAGGAUGUCAUCCUUCCCAGUGCGAUUGAAAGCCAGAUUAAUGAACUCAAUCCUGAAUCAAGCUCGGAUUUGGAGGUUGUGGAAGCAAGUUCUCCCGGCGAUAUUCAUGUUACUUUGACGCAAGUAUCAAAGUUCGGUGAAUCAAGUUCUAGUUCCAACAACUUAGAAGCUAAAUCAGAUAUACCAAUGCUUGAAGCAAGAUCACUUGAUGAUAUCAACUUAGCUUUUAGGCAACUUCACGAAGGAGUCAAUGUUGAGGAUGUCAUUCUUCCCAGUGCGAUGGAAAGCCAGAUUAAUGAACUCAAUCCUGAAGCAAGUUCGGAUUUGGAGGAUGUGGAAGCGAGAUCUCUUGAAGAUAUUCAUGUUGCUUUGACGCAAGUAUCAAAGAAUGACAUAGAUGAAUCAAGUUCUAGCUCCAACAACUUAGAAGCUAAAUCAGAUAUACCAAUACUUGAAGCAAGAUCACUUGAUGAUAUCAACUUAGCUUUUAGGCAACUUCACGAAGGAGUCGAUGUUGAGGAUGUCAUUCUUCCCAGUGCGAUUGAAAGCCAGAUUAAUGAACUCAGUCCUGAAGCAAGUUCGGAUUUGGAUGAUGUGGAAGCGAGAUCUCUCGAAGAUAUUCAUGUUGCUUUGACGCAAGUAUCAAAGAAUAACAUAGAUGAAUCAAGUUCUAGCUCCAACAACUUAGAAGCUAAAUCAGAUAUACCAAUGCUUGAAGCAAGAUCACUUGAUGAUAUCAACUUAGCUUUUAGGCAACUUCACGAAGGAGUCGAUGUUGAGGAUGUCAUUCUUCCCAGUGCGAUCGAAAGCCAGAUUAAUGAACUCAAUCCUGAAGCAAGUUCGGAUUUGGAGGAUGUGGAAGCGAGAUCUCUCGAAGAUAUUCAUGUUGCUUUGACGCAAGUAUCAAAGAAUAACAUAGAUGAAUCAAGUUCUAGCUCCAACAACUUAGAAUCAAAAUCAGAUAUACCAAUGCUUGAAGCAAAAUCACUUGAUGAUAUCAACAUAGCUUUUAGGCAACUUCACGAAGGAGUAGACGUGGAGGAUGUCAUUCUUCCCAGUGCGAUUGAAAGCCAGAUUAAUGAACUCAAUCCUGAAGCAAGUUCGGAUUUGGAAGUCGUUGAAGCAAGAUCUGUGGGAGAUAUCCAUGUUGCUUUGAUGCAACUCUCCGAACAUAGCAUUGUUGAAUCAGGUUCUACUUCCAAUCCUACUGAGACUAAAUCAGAUAUACCAAUUCUUGAAGCAAGAUCACUAGAUGAUAUCAACUUAGCUUUUAGGCAACUCCAUGAAGGAGUAGAUUUGGAGGAUGUCAUCCUUCCCAGUGCGGUCGAAAACCAGAUUAAAGAAGAAUCCAAAGCCGAAACAAGUUCAGAUUUGGAAGUUGUUGAAGCAAAAUCACUAGGAGAUAUUCAUGUUGCCUUGAUGCUGCAAGCCUCAGAGAAAAACUUGAACGAACUUCCAACGAGCUCCGUGUCAAAUGAUCCAUCAGAGGGAGGAUUAGAACCAUAUGGAGUGGAUUCCAACAUUGAGACUGUCCCAUCAAACACGACUAAUGUCGACAAACCAGCAGACAUAGUCGAUGAAAAAUCUUUAAAUCCAAAGGUUUCUGCUUCCAGAACUAAAGACAAAAAGGCAAAAUCUGGAAAAUCAGAAUCAGGUUCUAGCUCCAGCUCCAGCUCCAGCUCAAGUGAUUCUGAUUGAGCACAGGUAAUCAUAAGAGGUAUAAGGAGUAGAAUUAUGUGGAGUUUUCCUCUUCAUUUUAGUAUUUUUCUUUUUGCUUUUCGGGUUUGGUUUUCGAGUUUGGUUACCUUAUUCUUUUUUGACUGUGCAAUCUUUUGAAAAAAAUGAGUUGUGGAUUGAUUUCUUGUAAUUGUGCAAGUUUCCCAGAUCCCCAUUCCCCCUUGAGAGUUUUUAAGUUUGAGGGAGAAGAAAAGGUGGGGGUUUUCUUUUUCUAUUCUUUUUUGUUUAAAUCUGUGUGUAAAAGUUCUAUUGUAUUGAUGAUUUGAGCUGUUUGUAUUUGAUGUGUAUCAACUUUCCAUGUAGUUUUACUGGAUUGUGAGUAUUGUUACAGAGAUAUCAUCUAUAUGAUGAAUUUGUAAGAACUAGGAAGUACUUUUCUCUUUGAAAUGUUGUGGGAAUUGUGUA